AGAGAGGAAAAGAUUUUCACUUACUGAUGAAAUACAGAUGGGGUCUCCACGGAGUGCGCGCCUGUUGUUGUGUGUGCACACGGAGGCGCAUGUGCGUGUUUGCAUAUAAAAAGCUUCUGCACAUUGUUUUUGGUGUUCAUUUGAAUCCAAGAGCUGAGAAACAACAAAAGGCUUUCUGAACAACAAACUCUGGAUUAUGCUGGAUUUUUUUUUUUCAGCUGCUGUGGAAUUCAUUACACCUGUACGUCGCCUUCAAGGAAACUUGCCCUAUCAAACUUCUCUGCCGCCCUUUGCUCUCCAUCUGCAGCGAUGGCUGAUUGGAGCUGGGUGGCCUACACCGUACUGGAAGUGCUGAUUGCUGCGGCCUGCUGCUUUGGGAAUGUGUUGGUGGUUUGCGCGGUGUGUCUCGGUAUCCGGGAUUCUCUCCGGGAGCCAACCUUCUGUUUCCUGGUUUCCUUGGCGGUGGCUGACCUGCUGGUGGGUGUGGCCGCUGUGCCCCUUGCUGUGCUGCUGGAUGGGUGGGUGAGCGUGACCCCUGAGAUGUGCCUGCUGCUCAGCUGUGUGGUGCUGGUGCUGACGCAGGCCUCCGUGCUGUCUCUGCUGGCUAUCGCCGUGGACCGAUACCUGCGGUUACACACCCCACACAGAUACAAAGCCCUGGCCACACAAAGACACACUUGGCUGGCCGUGUCUAUGUGCUGGAUACUCUCUGCUCUACUCGGCUUCACCCCUCUGUUUGGCUGGAACAACUACUCCUCCCUAACAUCUGGUUCCACCAAUACGUCCUCCACUUCCUCCGAGACUCCACCGUGCACCUUCCUCUCAGUUAUCUCCCUCCCUUUCAUGGUCUACUUCAACUUCCUGGGAUGUGUCAUGGCACCCCUGCUGGCCAUGACCAUCCUCUACACUCGAAUCUUCUGGAGCUUGCAGGGGCGUCUGAAGGAGAGCUGCCCUCAAGCUCAGGCACCUCUGCUCAGGGAGAAGAAGCUGGCCUGCUCCCUUGCUCUGGUUCUCAUUUUGUUUGCGGGCUGCUGGAUUCCUCUGCACCUGAUGAACUGUCUUCUGCUGUUUCACGGUCCUCACGCUGUCACACCGGGAUGCCUCUAUACAGGUAUCCUCCUGUCUCACGCCAACUCAGCAGUCAACCCUGUGGUCUAUGCCUACCGCAUCCCAAAGAUCCAGCAGGCCUACAGUCAAAUAUGGAGGCGCUUCCUUGAGAGGUUAAACUGUUGCCAUGGGAACAAGCAAGUUCGCGGAUCAAUAACGAGCAGCCGAGCCAAUCGCACGGAGAUGGGUAGAUCGGGAGGGAGGACCAGCGGGUCAUUUUAAGAGCAGAUACCCAGUUGAGAUUGAAUUCUCAAAGUCUGUCGUAUUCGGUUUGCAUACGUGGUCCCUCGUGGCAUUCGAUGUCCCGACAAUUUGGGUACAAACUUAGAACGAUUUCCUGUGUCUCCACUAGAGUGUGCCAUACACUAACAAACUCAACAGAUGCUGCUCAGUCGGAAUCAGAAAAGCAGUGUGCGACAAAAAACAAUUUCAAGAUCCCAUUCACUGAUUUUUGGACAACUGUUUUGAGGCAAGUGUGACUUUAUUUAAGAUGUACAUAUUUUAAAGCAGGUCAUUAGACAGCUUCAGUCAGUUCAACAGCUGCUGUUAAUUAAACUAAUCCUUUGAAGCACAAAUGUUCCUGCUCCUUUUUUUUUUUUUAAUGAU